GUUUUUAGAGAAUUUUUAAAUUAUUUAUUAUAUGUAGAUUUUCAAAAAUUUAAAAAUAAGUGGAAUUGUAUUAAUAACAUUGUAAUUUCAAAGUUAUCCAAAAGUAUUUAAUUUAUUUAUAAACUGUAAAUUGAGGAAGAAGAAUAAUUGUCAUUUCAAGAAGCUACAAACAAGAGAAAAAUAUUUAUUUUCUGGAAUUGAGAUAUAAAUAAUUUCAUAAAAUAGCUAAAAUGGCAUCAGCUUCAAGCAGCAGUGCUAGACAUUUAUUUGCUGAUAGCAAAAAAAGGUUGGCGGACAGGGUAGCUGUCAAUGUAAAUAAUAUUGGUUCUGUUUCAAGGCAAAUUGUUCGUGGUUCUAAAACUAACGAGAUUUUAUCACAAACAAUUCGAGAUUUUGCUCAAUGUGAAUCAGCUAUGGAUAACUCAAGUGAGAAUCUCCAUAAAAUGGAAUUAAUUCGUCAACAUAUGGGCUAUCAAUAUGAAUCAAUUAGUCAAAAUGCAAUUAAUUUGGAAUAUAUUCAUGAGCAAGUGACAGCGAUGGAAAGAUGAUUUGAAAUCAGUUUAUAAAUUAUUGUGCUUUAUGUUCUUGAAUUUUAAAUUGGUUUUAUUUUUAAUCUUAUUGUAAAAGUAUUCCCAAUUUCAUUAUUAUAGAAGUUUAUCAAAAUUUUGUAUUAAAAUUGGUCGUCUUGUUAUUAGUAUGUUCUUAAAUACUUUGUAUUGAAUUAUAUUAAAAUAUAUUAAAAUGUUUAAUAUAACAUAUGUAUAUUAAAAAUUGUAUAGAAAUAAUUCCUCAAAUAAUAGAAUUAAUGUGAAAACUGUUUAUUUUGCUUAAUUCAAUUUAAAAUAAUUAUUUUAAGCUACUUCCAGAUAUCUGAUCGAAUGUUUAAAAUUUCUUAAUAAAUUUUAAUUAGGUAUAUAAGUAUAUGUAUAAUAUGUAUUAAAAAUAUGUAUUAUUAAUCAAAAUUAAAAAUUUAUAUUAAAAAUAAAGUUUUAGUUAUGUAUGUAUGUAUA